GUUUCCUUUGUAAUGAAACAGAAAGCACGUGCGCAGUCAUGUACCUUGAUAUGGUGAAAUGGCGAGAGGAUAAUCCUCCUCCGGCUACAAUGAUGAUCAUAACCAAUCAGAUGCUAGAUGUCUUCAACUGGGAUCUGGCCCGGCUACAACAACGCACGAGUUACAACAUUUUUCUGGCUUAUUCAAUUAGGCCUGUCGCAGCAUUGUUCGUGUACACUCGCAAAGAGUGGCUCUGGGAAAAAUUACUACAUGGGACGACGUCGACAAGCGUAGACACGGCGGGUGAAUUAUCUACCGUGUUUCAUUGCGAAUUUUGCUCUUUGGAUUGCCAAAGCGUGAAGAGUUUCAAAAAGCAUCUCUCCACUAAAAAGCAUGCAAUAGAAGAGGUGUUAAACCCUCAGCCUACACAACUUAUAUCUGUAACGAAGAGGUGGGGGAAGAACUAUGCUGCGACGCCUGAAUAUGCGACAGCUAAAAUCCAUGUGAGUUGGGACAUGUCUGAGUGUCCUAUUCCCGACGGUUAUGAUGCUCGUCGGGUCCGUCCCAGUUUGGAAGGAGCUUUCAAGGAACUAGGCUACUCUGGUCCUGUCUCCAUCACUGCCUUUGGUGACCAUAAACAAACCCCUGAACGCCACCUUCAUGCCCUCUCUUCCACUGGAAUCGAUGUUGCACAUGCCCUUCCGGGUUAGUCCAUUUGGAAUUUAAAAAAAUAAAAAUAAAUUAGCAACUAUCCCUUGCAUGCAAUUUACCUUUUGUUUUGUUGAAACAACAGAAUUCAUAUACAGUCGCAUGUUUGAUGAUUUGAAGCAAUGGCGAGAUAACAAUCCUACUCCGACUACAAUGAUGAUCAUAUCGGAUGGGGCUGAAAUUUUGUUAGGAGGUUGUCUUGCCAGGCUAAAACAACUAAAGAAAUACAACCUGUUUUGGGCUUAUUCUUUUAGGCCUUGGAAAAUGUCAGUCAUGCUCACUUCUGCCGAGUGGCUCUGGGAUAGCUUACUUGCAGUGGAAGUAGUGAAAGCGUUGUUGAGUCUACCGGAAUGUUUUAUUGCAAAAUGUGCUUCUCUAAGCGCAAACGCCUGGAUAAAUUCGUGAAGCAUCUCUCGAGUAAAAAACAUAUCUCCGAAGUAAGCAUCCUCUCUCUCUCUCUCUCUCUCUCUUUGUGAUCUAUACAUUUUUGUCUAACCAUUUUAGCAAGCAGGAGGAGGGUAUUACUGAGCAUGUUGAAGCUUCCGAGAAGCGGCGACUGUACUGUCUAAAGGCAAGUUUUUUUUUCCUCAAUGAUUAAUUUAAUAAGAUUUUACCAGAAAGACAAAAUUGUAUGCAUGCCAUUUCUCACAACUCUGUGUUUUUUUUUCAUAUUGUAGAAAGAAUGUUUUCCAGAGAGCAAGCGGUUGAGGAAAGCUGCCUAGUCGAGGUCGAAAAGUUGUGACUCAAGUGAUCAGAGUCUAAUCCUAUCCUAUCUUUAUUUUUCGUUUCCUAGUCUAUGUUUCGUUUUGAAGUAUUUAAAACAAUGGCUAUAUAUAUAUAUUGUAGCAAUGGAUCUUGAUAGCUGCGUCUAGACUCCAGAACUAGGCCCAAAAUGUAUUUUUGGUACUCUUAAGAGUUUCUGUCUUUUUUUGGAUCUCUGUUUCUAACUUUGUUCACUUCCCAAA